CCUCGCUGUAAUUCCGCUUCUUAAUUUGCUUCGGUAGAAAUUCCUCCAGUUCGGUCCCCUGCAUCCGCUGUUUGGACGAGUCGAAGGGCUUUCGCUUCUUGGUGGCCGACCGCUCGCAGAUUCUCGUGUGUUUCUCCAACGACUGUGGCUUGAACGUCCGUCCGCAUAUCGCGCACGGCAGCAGUACCGGCGGCUCAUCUGUUGCCAUUGAAAUUAAUCAAAUGCCGAUAAUUAUCACAGAUCCAGACUAAUUAAUCGAUUAUUUUCACGUGGUGAAGAUUUUCCUUCAAAUAUCGGGACUCGGCCGACUCGGCGAACGGGAGGUGGCGAUAGCGGUCACAAUGAUAUUGUCAGUGCGCGGCAGAGUCGUCAAGUCGAUGGUGAGGAGCCUCGCCAGACUUUACGUAUCGAACACCACGUUUGAGAGUGAGAAAUACGUCGAGAGCAAUGAAACAGAUGGGGUGAGGACGAUAACGCUAUGCCACGCGGCGACGAGAAAUUCCCUUUCCCUGGAAAUGAUGAAGAUCCUCCUCUGGAAUUUAACCAGAGAUAUGGAGAGUGAGAGCUUGCGGUCGAUCGUGAUCUCCGCAGCUCCUGGCAAGGUCUUCUCAGCGGGACACAAUCUCAAGGAGUUAGCUUCGGCUACAGGUAGUGAGCACCAUAAAGAGGUCUUCCAGACCGCUGCAGCUCUGAUGCAGACGAUAGCAACUGUACCGGUUCCUGUGAUCGCUGCAGUCGAUGGUCUUGCGGCUGCCGCCGGUUGUCAACUUGUCAGCGCCUGUGAUAUCGUUAUCUGCACUGAGCGGAGCAGUUUUUCCACUCCUGGGGCGAAUUUCGGAAUUUUUUGCUCAACACCAGGCAUCCCCUUGGUUCGAAACGUGCCCAGAAAAGUAGCCGCUCACAUGUUGUUCACGGGUCUUCCCAUCUCCGCGCAUGAAGCCUAUAACUCUGGACUCGUUAGCAAAGUCGUUGCUAACGAUCAACUAGAUGCGGAAGUGCAAAGAACCGCGGAUUCAAUAAAUUCAAAAAGUCGCUCGGUCGUUCGUUUGGGGAAGAACUUUUUCUACGAACAACUGGAACUCGAUGCAUCCACCGCAUACACCUACGGAACUGAGAUAAUGGUGGGAAACUUGCAAUUGAAGGACGGACAGGAAGGCAUCAACAGUUUUAUUGGGAAAAGAAAACCCAAAUGGAGCCACAAAUUCGGCAGAGAAGACGAUUAAAACAAACACGUGAAAUCGAUUAGACUGGAUUGUCUUAAACUGAGAGAAAAACGACAAAGUUCUCAAACAAGUCUUACUUGUGCCGAAAAAAUAGUUUUCUGAAAAUCA